AUGAACAAAGUAAAAUCUUUGUUACAGAAAACACGGAAAUUGACACUUUUUGUAUGGAAGAGUACUCGGAAAUAUACACCAUUGUCGUCUGAAAUUCAUAAUUACGUUAAAAAUAGAAAAGGUUUACACUUAAACCGGAACAGAAGUAACUGUAACAGCGUAAGGUUUUUACUUAAAGGGCAACUCCAAAACUAAUUCGUAAACGAGGGAAGGUGUAUCUGUCGACUAAGCAUCAAAGCACAGGCUAUUUAGGUGGAACGAGAUAUCCAAAUAGGCUUCUAAGUAAGAAUUUGCCCCUUUGUACAUGCAAUUAUCCAUUUUAUAGUGCUUACAACAGUUUGAAUCACCGGGUUAAUUUUGGCCAAUUUAAGGUUUGUACCGAUAUCGAGAAGAAUCCAGGACCAUCAGUUUAUGUAGAUGCUACAAAAACAAUUCUUGCUCCAUACUGUCAAGGAAAUGUUACAGUAUUUGGGGAAAAUGCUGGACAACAAUGCGUCGCAAUGAGUCUGUGCGCUUUAAUUUACAGUAAGAUAACAAAGAUGACUUCAGUUGAUGAUAUGACUCAAAUAAUGAUUGUUGGUAUUCAGUUAUAUUCUAGUCUGUCACUGCUUGCAAGACAAUCUAUGUUAAUGUUAACAGAACUGCCAAGAAUGGUUACAGUGUUUGAGCAAUUUUUCCACCUUGAAUACCGUGACAGUUACACUUGUAACAUCCAUAAUGAUCCCAGAAUUGAGGAGUAUCACCACUGUAUAUGCCACUCACAGGGUACAGCAUUUGAAACACUCUUGGCACUGAACUACAACUCAUUCAUUUUAACGGUGGCAAUUAUUGGUGUUGGUAUCUACAGCAUUGAGCCUCGGGAAUAUAAUGUAUUUGAUUCUCAUGCUAGAGAUAUGUAUCAUAACAGUCAUAGUGAAGGGACAUGUGUAUUGUUGGAAAUACCAUCCAUGCAUAAAUCAGUACAAUAUUUUCAGACUCUACAUAGGAAUGAGGAUAUAUAUGAACCUAAAGGUGUCCAUAUUGCC